AUGGAUGGACGGACAUUUGUAGUGUUUUAGAAUCAAGUCUUAAUCAGGAAUGUUUCUAAGUUCAACUCUUUGUUUCUAACCUCCAGGGGUUCACUCAGUCCCAUCAGAGUCCUGGUCUCUGAGUAGAGAYAGAACAGCUGAGGACCAUCUGGACUGAAGAUAUACCUGUGGGCAACACAGAUCUGUAAGCUCCUCUAGAUAGAAGACACUUCUAUUAGAACCURAAGCAUCUGGACAGAAUAAGGUUCUACUAGAACAUAAAGAAACACCAAGAAAAGGACAUCUGGGUAAAUUAACCACAGAGGAACAUCUCUGGAAGGAAYCUCUGAAGGCUGGCACUGAUUAAAAACCCUUAUGGUCUGAGAACAGUCUGGGUUCUGGAGUGAAUCUCUGUCUGAGGAGGAGAUGGGGGGCAUGGUGUGUCGGGAGGAGGUGAAGGAGGAACAAAGAAGGAGCUUGGGCUUGGAGGACAGCCUGACAUCAGCUGACAAAAUCCGAAGGCUCACCGCCAAACAAUUUGGAUACAACAUUCUGAGCCUGGCUCGUCGUGGACUGAAGGAAGUCCCAGAGGAGCUGUGGGAGCUGCUGGAGCUGCAGAAGCUGAAUCUGUCCCUGAACGAUCUGAAGGUUCUUCCGCCUCAGCUAAACCGCCUCUCCAACCUGGUGGUCCUCAACUUGUGGGGUAACCAGCUGACCAGCCUGCCAGCAGAGAUCGGACAGCUCUGGAGACUUCGGGUUUUAUUCGCAUACAGAAAUAGUUUGACUGAAAUUCCCAAAGAGCUGGGAGACUGCUCACAGCUGGAGGUACUGAGUUUGGCAGACAACCAGCUGAUCUCCCUGCCGCCUUCUCUUUCCAAUCUGACCAGACUGAGGAAACUGAACCUGAGUAACAACCUUAUCGCUCAYGUCCCAACCUGCGUCUACAGCAUGAAGGCUCUGGUCUUUCUAGAUCUUUCCUGUAACCGCCUGGAGAACCUGGCUGAGAACAUCCAGGUUCUGGUGGAGCUGAAGACACUGAUCAUGGAGGGAAACAGUCUCCAGUCAUUGCCCAAGGCCCUCUGCUUCCUUACCAGUUUAGAGCUGCUGAACCUGGACUUUAACUACAUCCGGGAUAUUCCUCAGGAGAUGCACCAGUUGUCCCGGCUGGAAAGGCUGGCCUGCCAUCCUCUGGAUAAAGGGCUCCACAUCGUCCACAAUCCUCUGCUAAAGCCUGUGAAGGAGGUCCUGGAGGGAGGCCUGAGUGCACUCUUCAACUACCUGAGAGCUGUAUAAACAUGUGGGCGGAGCCUUUACUACCUGGGAACUUUUUAAACAUGUGGGCGGAGCCUUUACUACCUGGGAACUGUAUAAACAUGUGGGCGGAGCCUUUACUACCUGGGAACUGUAUAAACAUGUGGGCGGAGCCUUUACUACCUGGGAACUGUAUAAACAUGUGGGCGGAGCCUUUACUACCUGGGAGAUGUAUAAACAUGUGGGCGGAGCCUUUACUACCUGGGAACUGUAUAAACAUGUGGGCGGAGCCUUUACUACUUGGGAGCUGUAUAAACCUGUGGGCGGAGCCUUUACUACCUGGGAGAUGUAUAAACAUGUGGGCGGAGCCUUUACUAC